GUACGAAUAACAUGGAAUCGCGUGGCUGUAUCUGAAACAAAACUGCAGUUUGAGUUUCUCAUGCUUGCCAAACUAGUGUGUGCACGACACAAGCCUCGUCAACAGACUGUAAUUCCUUUUGAAUUCGUACCAGUCCUCUUCGAAGAAACUCGCAUUGGAGAUAAUCGAAUGUUGGGAGGAAAGCUUGGUAAUUCUAUUCUAUGCAACAAAAGCUGGGUGUAGGGACUAUGGCCGAUUUGGCUGCAGUACCUUAUGAUCCCAUUGAACUGCACUUUGGUGACCAAGCCCACUGGGUCAUUGGGUUGGCCAAGGGACUAUAUGAUACCUGUAAAACCGCGCAACAAUCAGCUUUCCAUUGCAGUCAGCAAGAUCUUUCCUGGAAAAUGCUCUGACUACCACCGCUGAAGUACGCAGGUG